CCCCUAACUACCGCACAUUCAGCACGUCGACAGCAGGGAGAACACCACAGAUUCGGCGAGAGCUAAAAAGGGACCUUUACUUACCUGUACGGACCAUUACUGUUCCUGAUACACAAAAUGCCUGGCGGUAAGGCUCCAGCUAUCGGAAUCGACCUGGGGACAACAUACUCCUGUGUGUGGGGUAUUCAGCAUGGUAAAGUGGACAUUAUUGCCAAUGAUCAGGGAAACAGAACGACUCCCAGCUACGUCGCAUUCACGGACAGUGAGCGGCUCUUAGGAGAUGCGGCCAAGAAUCAAGUGGCUCUCAAUCCUCAAAACUCCGUGUUCGACGCCAAGCGACUCAUCGGCCGAGACUUCAACGACGCCACCGUUCAGGCGGAUAUGAAGCACUGGCCAUUCAAAGUUGUUGAUCAUGGCGGUAAACCUCGUGUUAAGGUCGAAUACAAAAACGAGGAAAAGAAAUUCACACCUGAGGAACUGAGCUCAAUGGUUCUUACUAAGAUGAAAGAGACUGCCGAAGCAUACCUGGGCGCCAAGGUAACGGACGCCGUGAUCACAGUUCCAGCCUACUUCAACGAUGGGCAGCGACAGGCGACAAAAGAUGCCGGGAUUAUUGCCGGUCUGAACGUGCUGAGAAUUAUCAACGAACCAACAGCAGCUGCGCUAGCAUAUGGACUUGAUAAGAAUCUCAAAUGUGAGAAAAAUGUCCUUAUUUUCGAUCUCGGAGGAGGGACAUUUGAUGUGUCUGUUUUGACAAUUGUCGAGGGGUCCCUGUUUGAAGUGAAGUCGACAAGAGGCGACACACAUCUGGGAGGUGAAGAUUUCGAUAACAGGAUGGUGAAUUACUUUGUAGAGGAAUUCAAGAGAAAACAUAAGAAAGAUUUGAGUGUGAGUCCUCGAGCUAUGCGUCGACUGCGCACAGCAUGUGAGCGUGCAAAGAGAACUCUCUCAGGCAGUUCCGAAGCGGGGAUAGAGAUUGACUCGCUUUUCGAAGGAGUCGACUUCUACAGUAAGAUAACACGAGCAAGGUUUGAAGAAUUAUGUUCGGACCUAUUCCGAGGUACUUUGGAACCAGUGGAGAAAGCCCUUCGUGACGCCAAGAUGGACAAGUCGAGCAUCCACGAGGUUGUUCUUGUUGGAGGGUCCACCCGAAUUCCAAAGAUCCAGAAACUUCUGCAAGAUUUCAUGAACGGGAAGGAACUGAACAAAUCCAUCAACCCCGACGAAGCCGUUGCGUAUGGCGCUGCUGUCCAAGCUGCCGUCUUGACCGGUGACACAAGCGACGCUAUCAAAGACGUGCUUCUAGUCGACCUUGCUCCUCUGUCCCUCGGGAUAGAGACAGCGGGUGGCAUUAUGACCAAACUUGUAUCGAGGAACACCACCAUCCCGACCAAAACAACCCAGACUUUCAGCACCUACUCCGACAACCAACCCGCCGUCUCCAUACAAGUAUACGAGGGAGAGAGAACGAUGACCAAAGACAAUCACUUGAUGGGCAAGUUUGACCUGACAGGCAUCCCGCCCGCUCCAAGGGGUGUUCCACAAAUCGAGGUUACGUUUGACAUCGAUGCCAAUGGCAUCCUCAACGUCACAGCAGUGGAGAAGGGUACGGGGAAAUCCAACCAGAUCACCAUCACCAACGACAGUGGGCGUCUCAGUGCUGAUGAGAUAAAGAAAAUGGUUGACGACGCGGAGAAGUACAAAGAGGAAGAUGAAAAACAGAAGGAAAGGAUAAACAGUCGGAGCAACCUGGAGACGUACAUCUUCAGCGUUAAAGGUGCUGUGGAGGACGCUGGGGACAAACUAGGGAAGGGGGACAAGGAGACAGUGAAGCAGGCUUGCAGUGAGACACUCACUUGGCUGGACAAUAACAUGCUUGCUGAACGAGAGGAAUAUGAACAUCAAUACAAGGAACUUCAGAAGACGUGCAGUCCUAUCAUGGCCAAAUUACAUGGGGCGGGACAGAGUGGGAGUGGUCAGGAAUCUCAACCCCAGGGUGGGGCAUCGGAAGAUAUCGAUAUCGAUUAACUCGACUCUCAUCUGAAUGUGUUCUCGCGGAUGUAAAUGUUAUUGUUCAGUGUUGAACGGACGGACUGUAUUUUUCUAUCAGAAUAUGUAAGUAAUGAUAUUGAUCAUAAAGAGUACAUGGAUAUAAUGAUUUAGUUUAGGGUUAAAAGUUAAAUUUUGUUUUGUUUCUAUCAACCGACGUUCUUAACUAUGUCAUAAAUGCAACUUCGAAUUUAGUCAAUUUUGGUUGAUGAAGAUAUAUCACUUUAUUUGCUUGGACAAUUCUAUUGGGAAAGUGGUUUAAUCAAUCAUUUUCUUUAAAAUCGAGUUAAGUUAUUUACUUCGUCAAUUACUGAACAUAUAUCCACGAACAGAAUGUUCUAUAAAAAUGAGGGCGGUGGGGUAGCCUAGUGGUUAAAGCGUUGGCUCGUCACGCCGAAGACCCGGGUUCGAUUCCCCACAUGGGCACAAUGUGUUAAGCCCAUUUCUGGUGUCCCCCGCCGUGAUAUUGCUGGAAUGUUGCUAAAAGCGGCGUAAAACUAAACUCAGUCAGUCAGUCAGUGUAUAAAAAUGAACUCGCUACCUCGGACUCAGUUUAGCACUAUGAUGUCGACAUAUUUUUAUCAGGAACAAUGAGAUGUUUAUUGGUGUUAUUUGUGUGUUUUCGAUGUAUUGUUUGAUGUCACGUGUAUGUAAUAAAACUCUUGAA